AAAAAAUACAACAGAACAGCCACAGCACUGUUUAUUUAUGUUUUGUGAGAGGUAAGGAACAUAUGUGCUCUGAGUAGGGGUUAAAUGCAAAUUCUGCCUGGGUGAAUUAAGGUCUGAUUUCAAAUGAAACCUUAAAAAAAAAUCUUGCAACAUGUAGUUUAAUAAUUUAUGGAGUUAAUCUUGACUUUUGGUCAAAUGUUUUGUUACUUAAAUAGCUUUGCUGCCAAUUGAACGUGUCAGUGUUGCAGACCAGAGUGAUAAGGAUUUGAGGUGGUUUUGAUGCCAAAAUGCCAACUCUGGAUGACAUUUUAGAACACAUCGGAGAAUUUGACAGGUUCCAGAAACAAACCUUCUUCGUCCUGUGUUUGCUUUCUGCUGCCUUCACUCCAGUCUAUGUGGGCGUCGUCUUCUUUGGGUUCACCCCCGAGCACCGCUGCUUCAGUCCUGGCGUGGCGGAGCUGAGCCAGCGCUGUGGCUGGAGCCUGGCAGAGCAGCUGAACCACACCGUUCCCGAGUGGGGCAGCCAUGGGGCCGCCUACAGCAGCCGUUGCAGCAGGUAUGAGGUGGACUGGAACGCAACGGGUGUCAGCUGCACUGACCCCCUUGGCAGCCUUGUGGGCAACCGGAGCUCUGUCCCACUUGGCCCCUGCCAAGAUGGGUGGGUCUACGACUACCCUGGGACCUCCAUAGUGACUGAGUUUAACCUGGUGUGUGAGGACUCCUGGAAGCUGGACCUCUUUCAGUCAUCUGUGAAUGCUGGGUUCUUUAUUGGCUCUGUCAACAUUGGCUACAUAGCAGACAGGUUUGGCCGUAAGUUUUGCCUUUUAGCCACAAUUCUUGCAAAUGUGGUCUGUGGGAUCCUGCUGGUAUUUGUGCCCAGCUACCUGUGGAUUGUGAUCUUUCGCUUCUUGCAAGGGCUGGUCAGCAAGGGCUGCUGGACUGCAGGCUAUAUCCUUGUGACGGAAGUCGUUGGUCCGCAGUACAGGAGAACGGUGGGGAUCCUCUACCAGGCAGCCUUCUCAGUGGGGCUCCUGGUGUUCGAUGCCAUUGCUUACGCAAUCCCUCACUGGCGGUGGCUACAGCUCACUGUCACCUUACCCUGCUGCUUCUUAAUCCUCUACUACUGGUGCCUUCCAGAGUCUCCCAGGUGGCUGAUAUCUCAAGGAAAAACUGACAAAGCUAAGAAAAUUGUCAAUGAUAUAGCUAAAAAAAAUCGGAAAAAGAUGCCUUCCCAUUUUGAGGGUAUUAAAUUCGAAGAUGAAGAUAGUGGAAAGCAGAGUCCUUCACUCAUUGACCUUGUCAGGACACCGCAGAUGAGAAAAAACACAUUCAUUUUGAUGUACAACUGGUUCACAAGCUCCAUCCUCUACCAAGGGCUCAUCAUGCACAUGGGACUAAUGGGUGGGAACAUUUAUCUGGAUUUUCUCUAUUCUGCUCUCGUUGAGUUUCCAGCUGCCUUCAUCAUUAUCGUCACUAUUGAUCGUAUUGGCCGUCGCUACCCAUGGGCUACAGCAAACCUGGUGGCUGGGGCUGCCUGCCUUGCCACAGCCCUGAUCCCCGAGGACCUACACUGGCUGAAAUUAAUUGCUGCUUGCCUUGGUCGAAUGGGAAUCACGAUAGCUUUUGAAAUGGUUUGCUUUGUAAACACUGAGUUAUAUCCAACGUACAUCAGAAACCUUGGUGUGAUGGUCUGCUCUGCCUUGUGUGAUGUUGGUGGAAUUGCUGUCCCCUUCAUCGUCUACAGGCUGGUGGAAAUCUGGCAUGAGUUGCCUCUGAUAGUCUUCACUAUUCUUGGUUUGAUUGCGGGUGGAUUGGUGUUGUUUCUUCCUGAAACUAAAGGAAGAGUUUUGCCUGAAACCGUCGAAGAUGUUGAAAACUUUCACAGGCAAAGCACUCCAAAGGACAAAAAGAUCUAUCUCCAUGUCCAAACAUCAGAAGUAGCCCGUGAUUGAAGAAGGCACAACUUUCUGGGCAGUCUCCUUUAGAGCACUAGCAUGAAAAAUAAAUUAGAAUGAAUACUCUCUUCUGUCUUGCUUCCCUUUGUUCAUAGAAUCACAGAACAACCCAGGCAGGAAGGAGCCUCCAGGAGAUCAUCAGGUCCAACCUUUCAUUGAAAAAGGGAGCCUAUAUGAGAUUAUGUAGCAUACUGCACAAUUGCAUCUUGAAAGUCUCCUCUGAUAGGAAUACUAUUUUUUCUGUCUAUUCUUUCAUUUGAAUGUUUGAGGUUUUCUGAUGUGGUUGUCCCUAUUACUGCAUAGCUUGUUCCCUCUCUGUACCCUAUAAUACAAAUGUUUUAGGGCUGGAAAAUUUUCACUCAAACUGUGUUGACCUCAACAUGGGGCAGAUUUUAACUUGGGGAUUGUGGAGUCCAUUCCAAAUGAACUUUAUAAACCUCCAUGACGUCUGACUUCAUUAUUUUGUCUUGCAUGGGCAGCAUAACAUAACAGAGAUGUACUUCUGUUGUAGAACUGAGAUGAGAACAAACCUUGUCUCUAAUCUUACUACAUAGGGUAGAGUUUCUGAGCUGAGACUUGUCCAGUAGUCCUCUGCCUCAGGGAGCAUUAGGAGCAAAGUUGGAUCUGUUAGGGACAGUUCAGCACUUUUCAUGAUUUGCAGCUGUCUCAGAAUUGGGGUCUGCCUUUCUUUGUGCCUUGUUCCCCUUUCUGCUUUCUGUGGUAGCACUGUAAUAAUUGCUCAUCUCUCCUGAUCAUGUUCUGCUUUUCCUUUUCCACCCCACUGAGCAACCUUCACAUCUUGCAAUUCCAGGGGAGAACAGGCAUGAGGUAUUGUGGUUUUCCUUUGCUGUUUUUUGCCUUGCUGGCCCCUAGCAAUGUUGGAGCACUGGUUUCUGGUAAGGAUACUGAUGCUGCUUAAUGGUCAUCUAUGGAGGCAGAGCACCCAGCUGAGCAAAAAUACUGCUAGACUCACUGGCAGUAUCCAAUUGCUCCAGGACGACUACUUGGUUGUC